CCAGAGAAAAAGAAACCAGCAAAAACCAAAACCAAAAGCAAGACAAAGCUAAAAAGAAGACCUUUUUUUUUUCUCUAGAACCAAGCAAGUAUCUUUUCUUGGGACCCAGAGCCCAGAAUUUGAAACCCAUUUGAGAAGAUUGCAGAGAGACAUAGAAGGGCAGGGGUUGUGAGGUGGGCGGGGGUGGCGUGACCGCCUACUGGCUUAGUCGGUUGCAUCGGCGGUGCAUGCAGCAAUGGGAAUAAGCGCCGUGCUUAAAGAGAAUCCUUUAUUGGGUCGGCCUGGCGCGUUAUGUAUAAGAAGGGUGUUCUCGGGUUUGGGGAUUCGAUUCGGGAAUAUUAUGGUAGAAAUCGAGAAUUGUUUUUGGUGAUUGCAGAAAUCAAUUGCGUGCUUGCUUCUUUUAGUACUAAUUAAGGCCCUCCAUUAAUAUAAAUUUUUUAACCCACAAAGAGAGGAAAAAAAAAAAACCCAACCAACCAAAUGUCCGAAUUGGUGGCUCGCACCGGUCGCCAUCAGCAGCGCUAUCAAGAUGGUUGCCGCCUCGUCGCCGGCAGGUGUAUUCCUUUCAAGUACAGAAGUUCUAUUGAAAAUGAUGAAGGUGCAUCUGAAAAGGUUGUUGAGGUAUUGAUGAUCAAUUCAACCAGUGGACCUGGGCUUCUGUUUCCUAAGGGUGGCUGGGAAAAUGAUGAGACUGUUGAGGAGGCAGCAAUUCGUGAAGCUGUAGAAGAGGCUGGCGUCCGAGGUGAUUUAAUGCAAUUUCUGGGAUACUAUCUAUUUAAGAGCAAGACCCUACAAGAUGAGUUUAGUCCAGAAGGUUUGUGCAAAGCCGCGAUGUUUGCUUUGCUCGUGAAAGAAGAGCUUGACUCAUGGCCUGAGCAGAGCACACGCCAGAGAAGUUGGCUAACCAUACCUGAAGCUGUUGAGUGCUGCAGACAUCCAUGGAUGCGAGAGGCCCUUGAGGAUGGAUUCUCAAAGUGGCAUGCGGAACAAAUGGUAAGCAAUGAAAAGGAAGAGAACAAUACUUCAUCCCCAGAUGAGCAUGAUUAGUUCCCCUAUGUGCUUUUAUAAGCAGGCACCAAUCUCAAGCUGCUUUUAAUGGCUUUUUCACUUUUCCUUUUUCAUUUGAGGAUUAGGACUCACUUUAGGUAUAGGGGAAUGUUUGUGCUCUUUUAAGAUGGAGCUGUCGUUAUCUGAAGUUUCCGGGUUCUUCUUUUAGCUAAGUUGCUUUAUUCCAAAUUUCUCUUGUUAACUGUUUGAAUUCAUCAAGGAAAAUAGAGAAAAAAAAUUUCAA